GUUUCUCACUUCCAGUAGCAUGUCACAUGGAUGACAAUCUGCUGUUGAAAAUAGCAAGAAAGAAAGCAAAACAAACCAAACAGAGAUCAGCAGUGAGAAUUGACUUCUCGCUGCUCUUAUCAGUUCACCUUUAGAGAGACAGAGAGCCGUGAGAUUUAGUAUUUGAGCCACAGACCACAGGAAAGAACCGAGGACUGUCUUUUGCUGGACAAGAAUGGAAUUCAUGCUGACGUUGUUUCUGCUAAGUCCAUUUGUAUUUUCUACCGCCGCGACAGACGAACCAGACAAUGUAUGUUUCAGACCUGACCUGGCUGCCAACAUUGAGAUGGAUGGAGUCCAGAGGUACUUCAACCCCGGGGCGGACUUAGCUCUGUCCUGUAAACAGGGAUUCACCCCCAUGCUCGGCCCCCGGAAGAUUGUUUGCACUGCGAAAGGAGAAUGGACAAAAACCCGAUUCAUGUGCAGACCAAAACUGUGUCCCUAUCCUGAUCAACUGUCCAAUGGAGAAGUGUACUAUGAGGAUACUGUGUACCAGAGUACGAUCAACUACACUUGUCAUGAAGGGUAUUCCUUGACUGGGGCCAGCACUGCUGUGUGCCAAGCAGAUGGAACAUGGAGCACACUGGUACCAGAGUGCAAGCCUGUGUCCUGUGACCUUGCUCCGAUCCCACAGUUUGGUAUGAUUAUCUAUGACAAGACGAUAAGAGGGAACACCACGGAUUAUGGCGUCUCAGGGACGUACAGGUGCCUGCCGCCGUACGUACUAAUUGGCAAUUCGAGAGCAGAGUGCACUGCCAGAGGCACCUGGACCGAGACACCGGAAUGUCGAGUGGUGACGUGCCCUCCACCGGAGAACAUUGACAAAGGCUACUUGUCAAACAACGAACAGAGAGACUUCGACUUCAUGGAAACAGUCAAGUAUGGCUGCCAUGGAGAUUUUGUGCUGGAAGGAAGCCUGCAGAUUGUUUGUCAGAAAGAUGGGCAUUGGUCUGAAAAGCCAUCCUGCAAAGCUCCUUGCGGUGUUGGCAUAGAGAGGGGGAGGAUACUUUACAAAGGACAAAAACUCUGGAUUAAAGACCUGCUUCCUCGCAGAGUCUUACACAAAGAAAUUGUCUCAAUCUACUGCAUGAACAAGGCCAGGGUGUGUGGUUACGCAGUGCAAACGCAGUGCAUCGACGGAAACCUCAUAAUACCUGGAUGCUUUAAACAGCCCACCGCUGUUGAUUACAACCUUUAUUCAAGUUCGCUUCCAUCAGAAAUCGAACAGUGCUGAAACAGCAGCAGGGCCCCUCUCUGACAGAGAACCACUGUAAUAUGGAACAGGUGUAGGUGUGUUCUACGCUCUGAAAUGAAUAAACAUGGCAAAGCUUUCUUCCUUUUCUUUUUUGCAAUGCACCAGAUUUCCCACAAAUGUAACACUUCAGACCUAAUGAAUAAAGUUUAUUAUUCUGCUA